GUUACCGUUCCUGAAUAAAAUACUUGUGUAGAGAACGGACCUCCAGGAAGGGAACGUCAGUGACUCAUUCUCAUUCUCAUUGAUAAAAAAAUCCCUUAUUUCCUAGUGUUCAUUCAUUUACCGUCGCGUGAGGAAGCACAUCAAGGAUGGAUUGGUUGUUCGGCCGUAAGAUGACUCCCGAGGAGAUGCUCAGGAAGAAUCAGCGAGCAUUAAACAAAGCCAUGCGCGAUUUGGACCGAGAAAGAGCAAAGAUGGAGCAGCAGGAAAAGAAGAUCAUUGCUGAUAUAAAGAAAUAUGCAAAGAUGGGUCAGAUGGAUGCAGUUAAAGUGAUGGCAAAAGAUUUGGUGCGGACACGUCGCUACACCAAGAAGUUCAUCAUGAUGAAAGCUCAGAUCCAAGCAGUUUCACUCAAGAUCACUUCACUGAAGAGUCAGAAUGCCAUGGCAGGAGCUAUGAAGGGAGUUACCAAGGCCAUGAUGAGCAUGAACAAGCAACUGAAGCUUCCACAGAUUCAGCAGAUUAUGCAAGAAUUUGAAAAACAGACAGAGAUUAUGGACAUGAAGGAGGAGAUGAUGAAUGACGUCAUAGAUGAUGCCAUGGGUGAUGAAGACGAUGAAGAGGAAACAGAUGCUGUUGUAUCCCAAGUCCUGGAUGAACUAGGACUUCAGAUGACAGAAGGUCUGAGUGACCUCCCAUCAGCAGCCGGAACCAUUGGCAAUCCAACUCCUGCCAACAAGCAGUCUGUUGCAGUAGCAGAUGCAGCUGAUGAUGAUAUACAGGCCAGACUGGACAACCUCAGGAGAGAGUAAUGCUUGAGCCCCAGAUGAAUGAGAGAAAUUUAUUAUUUUUGCUAAGUCUUCACUGAAGCUAAAAAAGUAUGGUAAUUAGUCAGGCUAAUCCUAUGAAUUACAGUGUUUGUUGUUUGUUUCUUAGAGAAUUUUAUGUCUAAGCCUUCAGUGAAUCCCAGUAAUUUAAACUUCAUUUUAGUGGGGUAAAGAAAGGAAUCCAAAAUCACCAAUAAGAAACAACCCCAAAAGAUUCUAACUUCAUAAAAUCUUCAUUUUUUGGGGGGGGAAAAAAAUGAGUUUGGUCAUUUUGUAAAAUGAUAAUGUAAUUUGUCACAAAUAUUUAACUUUUAACUAUCCUUUAACCCAACACUGAUGGGUAUCAGAAAUCUCUGAAUGUCAUAAACUCUGGUGAUUUCUGGCAACAUCCUGACACUGGGUAUGGGAAUCUGCUACAUGUAGUUUUUGGAACUUCCUGCUCCACAUGCUCUGGCUUGUCACUGCACGUACAGCCGUACCCCACAGACCAAGCAGUAUGUUAUGACACCUGUACACAUGACCCGUCGGGAUGGGGUUAAGCAGCAGUAUUACCCAGUUAAAUGUUUUCAUCUUGAAAUAUAAUAAAUUGGUAAAUAUAAAUAAAGGGAACUUCUUUUUUAAAAUUUCAAAUUAUGCAUUAGAUAAUACACUUGCAGCCUCAGUGUAAUAACUUUGUUGUAGGACCAGGUGUGCAGAAGUUUGAGAGUGGCAGUGCUGAUUUUCCAUAUUUAGAUGAUAGCUUAUUUUAGGAAGUAAAGAAUUUCCAAGGUGCCUCAUACUUAGGCAGCACUCUUAAGUAACCAAUCAUAAUUUACAACUAUGUAUAAACUUGAAAUUUAGUUAUAAAAAUGUACCUGUCUUUUUGUCACCUUUUUUCUAUUAUAUGAGGUAUCAGUGUGUCUAGAUACUGCAAAUCAAAUAAGGAAGAAAAAAAAGACCUCAAAAUACUUGUAUCACGUGCUAGCCAAAAGAAAUUGUACUUACUAUUUACAAAUUUUGUUUGUUUAUACCACCUGUUUUGUUUGUAACUUAAAUACUUUAAAAGGAAAGCAUCAGUAGUUUUAUAUUUUGAUUUCCAAGGUUAGUCUGAUGACUAUUACAUACUAGAAAAUUAUAUUAUAUUAGCAUAAGUGUAGGUUUUAUAAUGCAUGAGUGAAUUAGCAAAUAGAAUAUAGCAGUGGCUUUCUUGGCCAAACUACCAAUAAAAUCUGGUUCAAAGGUCAAAGUUAUGGUUGUAAUUCUUUGAAAGGACUAGGUUAAGUUGAAACACUGAAGAAUAUAUAUGCUUUAAAUGUUAAUACAUACAGAAAAUAUGAAUGAUGUGAUUGUUUGUACAUUUUUUUCAAAUUAAGUUGUUAUCACAUAGAUCAAUAAAUUUUGAAGAUUUUA